AAUUUAUUAUAUCUAUUUAUAUAGUUUUUUUAAGUACAAAGUUCUUUGUAAAUAAAAACUAUUGUUUCUUUGUCUAAUUCACUCCAUUGACUCAGAGUUGUGGAUAUGGUCAGUCUUGGAAAUACUUCUGCAAGUGGUGCUGUUUUUUUUGAUGCUACAAUGUAUGAGAAUGAUGAUGAAUUUCAACCAGUACUGUCAUCGACAGAACAACUAAGUUUUGGAAAAUUAGACACUGCUAUAUUUGCAUCAAUACCACUAAUUCUUGGGGUUAUCAUUGAAAUAAUAGGAAUAAUAUUCAUCUCACUAUGGCCAGAAGAACAGAGUAAAUGUGAUUCAUAUUUUAUAUUUUUGUAUUUACAUUGUGGAUACUGGUUUGUAAUAAUGUUGACCGAUUACAUUAUUAAAUCACGACAUCACAAUCUACGGAUAUGCGGAUACCUUGAUUUUUAUCAGUCAACCUAUCAGCAUAUCAGAACACCAUUAUUCGUAUCAUCUCUAUGGAAUACCAUGUAUUUAUUUCUCGCUGCAAUACUACAUCAUACACAUAAAUUAAAUUAUGAGGAUUAUUGCCGUUCAUCGGAAUGGUUCACACCUGUUAACUACAUUCUAUUGUUAACAACAUUGGAGCUAAUGAUUAUUGUUCCAGUUUAUAUAAAUUACAUAAAACGUGUACAUCGUUUCAAUCGUAUGCAACCUCCUCCCGAUGUUACAAGAGAAGAAUGGCUGUCAUCGUUUACCCAGGAUUCGUUUGCUGGUAAUACAGAGGUUGGUUAUCGUGAACGUGAUUCUAAUUUAUCAGAAUUAUUGGAAAAACAAGCGGAUUUAAUAAGGUACCUACGUGAUCAUAAUGUCAAAUUGAGUCAUAGAAUGAUGUUACUUGCAUCACAACGUCAUCAAAAUACUUAAGUAAUUUUAAUUAUAAUUAAUGUUUAUUCAAAAACAUUGUUGAUUUGUAUUAUAUUAUACUAUAAAUUAUUGAACAACACAAAAUAUUACGUACUUUGUUUUGUUGAAAUAUUAAUUAUGUUUUUCUUUAGAAAAAGAAAUCAGGGAAAAUCUAAUUAAAUAAAACAAUAAAUUUUACAUGUUUUGAGAGUCUAUAAAAAUUUUUUUGUUCUCAAUUUUGAAUCUUAUUAUUGCACAUUUCGAAAAAUGUGAAGAAAAAUUUAAUCACUAUUAAUAAAUUCCGAUUGAGCGUUUUCUAAAUUCAAGUUCAUUUCGCUUUCUAGAUGCCAUAAGGGUGUAUACUAGGGUGUGCCAAAUUUAAACUUCAGUGAUGGACCUCUUAAAAUUGGAAUUUUGAGUUCCACUUUUAACAGGAAUUGUGUUUGGGCAUUUCCAAAGAUAUUUUGAGCGUAAGGGAUUUAUUUAAUUUUCAUAUAAUUUUUUAACAGGAGUUUUGUUUGGCCAAAUUUUGAAAUUUUUUAAUUUUAGCAAAAAUGUCUAAACAAAACUCAUAUUAAAAAAUUCUAUGAUAAUCAAAUAAAUCCCUGGCGCUCAAAAUAUCUCAGGAAAUGCCUAAACACAACUCCGGUUAAAAGCGGAACUCAAAAUUUCAAUGUUAAGAGGUCCAUCACGGAGUUGAAUUUUGGGACACCCUAGUGUAUAUUGA